AUGGCGAACCAAACCCCCGCCGUUGUCAUGGACAACGGCACGGGAUUUUCCAAGCUCGGUUUCGCCGGAAACGAUUCCCCGUCCUUCGUUUUCCCGACCGCCAUCGCCACGAAAGGCCCUACCGGAGGCAGCGGUGGUUCCGGGUCUGGUCGUCCAGCUGUCGCGAACAAGCCUUCGUUCCUUACAGGUGGCGCAGGCCCGAGUAGUAACUUGAGCUCAAAGCGAGGAACCGAGGAUCUUGACUUCUACAUUGGUGAUGAAGCGAUAAGCGCCGCUUCAGGGCCUGGAUAUGGUCUUCAUUAUCCUAUUCGGCACGGACAAAUAGAAAACUGGGAUCACAUGGAACGAUUCUGGUCAAACUCAAUCUUCAAGUACCUGCGAGUAGAACCCGAGGACCACUACUUUCUUCUGACCGAGCCACCGCUGAAUCCUCCCGAAAAUCGAGAGAACACCGCCGAGAUAUUCUUCGAGUCCUUCAACUGUGCGGGCAUGUACAUUGCAGUGCAAGCUGUGCUUGCCCUUGCUGCUUCUUGGACUUCCUCCAAGGUUACGGAUCGAUCUUUGACGGGUACUGUCAUCGAUUCCGGUGAUGGUGUCACUCACGUAAUUCCAGUUGCCGAAGGCUAUGUGAUUGGAUCGUCCAUCAAAUCGAUCCCCAUUGCUGGUCGAGAUAUCACGUAUUUCGUACAGUCGCUACUCCGAGACCGCGGCGAGCCCGAUUCCUCCCUCAAGACCGCCCAGGAUAUCAAGGAGGAAUAUUGCUACGUGUGCCCCGAUAUUGUCAAGGAAUUCUCAAAGUACGACCGCGAUCGGGAACGAUUUGCGAAGCACGUUGUCGCCCACCCUGGUGGCCGUCAGGUUAGCGUUGAUGUCGGUUACGAGCGGUUUCUUGCCCCCGAAAUUUUCUUCAACCCGGAAAUUUACAGCUCCGACUUCCUUACACCGUUGCCUGUUGUUGUUGACGGAGUCAUUCAGCAGUCGCCCAUCGACGUACGACGAGGCCUAUACAAGAAUAUUGUGCUGUCAGGUGGAAGCACCCUCUACAAGGACUUUGGCAGGCGGCUGCAGAGAGACAUCAAGCAUCUCGUCGAUGCUAGGAUUCGAGCCAGCGAGGUUCGCAGCGGAGGAGCUCGUAGCGGUGGGCUCGACGUUCAGGUUAUUACUCACAAGAGACAACGACAUGGCCCAUGGUUCGGUGGCAGUCUGCUUGGACAAACCCCGGAAUUCCGAUCUUACUGCCACACCAAGGCAGAGUAUCAAGAGUAUGGCCCAAGCAUCGUGCGGAGAUUUGCCUUGUUGGGAGGACCUGGGGGCUCAUAA